AUGGGUGUAUCCCACAAAUGGUUGAGACUUGUUCGUAGGAAGUUCCUCAGAUCAUCCAACAAAGACAUAAUUCUCCCACGAACAAGUAUUUGCACGAAUCAAAGUGAAGAAGCCAUACUAAGGAAUGAUGCAACCACCACCGAAGACUUCGAUUUGCCGAUACCAACCUCUUCGGCUAACAUAUUCACCGAGGAAGAUGUCGCAGCAACUAAGAUCCAAGCUUAUUUCAGGGGUCAUCUUGCAAGACAAGCAUUUCGGGCUCUUAAAAGCCUGGUGAAGCUGCAAGCAUUGGUUCGUGGGGUGUGCGUAAGGAAACAAUCACGUAUAGCAAUGCAGUGUAUGCACGUUCUUGUCCGGUUACAAGUCAGGGUUCGUGCAAGGCAGCUACUUGGCAGGUUUGAUAAUGAUUAA